AUGGGAAGCAGAAAAAAACCAGCGAAGAAGAUAGAGCCGGAAGAGGUUGCUGCUGCAAUUGGUUCAACGUCUUCAAUCGCAGCAAUCAGUGACGACGAUGAAGAAGCAAACAAGGAUCUCAGCCUCGAGAUUAUCCAUAAAGCGCUUCUCAAUCGGGCAACAAAUCCCCAAAACGCCGCCGCAUUGAAUGAAUCGACAUUAAUGGCCCCUUUGAAGGCGCAUAGUGAGGAGAAUAAGCUUCGAAUAAAGAAGAGGAAAAAGAAGAAGCUUGAAUCUGAUAUUGAAACUGUAAAUACGGUUAAAGUUGAAGAAAAAGAAAAGCACGCUGUAGAGACAAUCAAUGCACCAGAGAAAGUGGAAACAAGUAUGGUUGAUUGGAGUGACAAUGAUGUUUUGAGAAACACCACUUCCACAUCACAUAAUGAGGAGAUUAAGACUGAGAAAAAGAAGAAGAAGAAGAAGAAAAGGCAUGAAUCUGAGAUUCAAACUGUAAAUGCUGUUAUGGUUGAAGAAGAAGAAAAGAAAGCUGUAGAGACAAUUGAAGACCUAGAGAAAGGGGAGCCCGGUGCAGAGACAAUCAAUACACCAGAGAAAGUGAAGCAUAUCGAAGUGGAAACAUGCAUGGUUGAUACUAGUGAGAGUGAUGUUUUGCGCAACACCACUUCCAAAUUACAUAGCGAGGAGAGUCAGACUCAAAAGAAGAAGAAGAAAAACCACGAAUCUGAGAUUCAAACUGUAAAUGAUGUUAUAGUUGAAGAAGAAAAGAAAGCUGUAGAGACAAUUGAAGACCUGCAGAAAGUGGAGCCCGUUGUAGCAGAACCAGAGGUGGUUGAUACGAGCAGCAACAUUGUUCUGCGUAAGCUACUUCGUGGUCCCAGGUAUUUUGAUCCUCCAUCAGAUAAUGUUUGGGGAAUAUGCUUUAACUGCGGCGAAGAAGGCCAUGCUACUUUCAACUGUACAGCUGCCAAGCGCAAGAAACCAUGCUUUAUAUGUGGUAGUUUGAGUCAUAAUGUCAAAAAAUGCACUAUGGCACGAUAUUGUUCUACCUGCAAGAUAGUUGGUCACCGAACUAAAGACUGUCCAAAGAAGCACUCGGGUGGUUCUUAUUCUAAAAGCUUGACAGUAUGCUUGAGAUGUGGGAAUUCUGGGCAUGAUAUGCUUUUUUGCAAAAAUGAUUAUCCGGAGGAAGAUCUCAAGGAAAUACAAUGCUAUGUUUGCAAGGAAUUCGGCCACUUAUGCUGUGUCGAUACAACUGAGGCUAUUCCAAAAGAGUUUUCUUGCUACAGAUGUGGUAAAAUGGGUCAUGUUGGUUGGGCAUGUUCAAGGUUGAAAAACGAGGCCACUGAUGCUGCCAGGUCUAGUUCGUGCUAUACAUGCGGGGAAAAAGGACAUUUUGCCAGAGAAUGCUCAAGUUCUGUUAAGGCAAGUUCAAGAUGGCAACCUGAGAUCACCGAUCCAGCCACACCUAGUUCAUGCUACAGGUGUGGCGAAGAAGGACAUUUUGCCCGAGAAUGCUCAAGUUCUGUUAAGGCAAGCAACAGGAAACAUAAAUUCUCAAGCACAGAAACACCACGAUCUCAGAAAGAGAACGACUACAUGGGAUAUACCUCUGAACCUUAUACAGAGGGAAGUGACAUUAAAACACCAAAGAAAUCAAAGCACAGAGGUGGUUGGAUGUCAGACCAUCCUAGUGAAUUCACUCCUUCCAAUUCCAAAAGGGAUAGUUGGAGGUCUCCAGUAACACCGUGUACUAAUAAUAAUAGUACUCCAAAUCAUUUUGUUAAUAAUGGUAGUCACAAUCUUGGAUCUAAAUCUUUUACACAGAACUUUUAUGAUGGAACUCCUAAUUCAGAAGGAUCAUCAGCCAGAACUUUUCAUCACGGGCACUCAGCUUCUAGGUUUGGCAACUCAAAUAGUAAUGGAUUUCAGAGAAGUUACAACGGAUGGUAG